AAAAAAAUGUGUUAAUACCCCACUUUUAAAUAUGGGAAUAUAAAAGUUAUUUCUUUAUUUUUUAAGACAGUAAUGUUUGGAGUUUUGGCAGUGAGUGGGUUUUUGUAGUUAUGUAUUUUGAAAAAAUUAGCAUAUUUUUUAUUUUGGUGGUUCUAAUAACAAACGAAACAUCAGCUGGAGAUGAUGAUUAUAACGUUUUACAUACAGAUGGCGCCUACGAAUUUGGUUACAAUAAUCCCGAUUCAUACCAUUAUGCACAAGCUAACAGAAAUAACGUAGUAAAGGGUGAGUUUGGAGGAAGAAACCCCAAAACCGGUGCGAUAGACAGUACAAUUUAUACAGCUGGACCAAGAGGUUUUAGACCCAGAGGUAAAAAUGUCGUCCGAAAGUACGAUUUAAGUCAGGCUGGACCGAGACCAGUAGGCUCCCGUUACGAUCCUUAUUUUGAUCCGUAUGAAGAUCCAAGCUAUAGUUUCUCCUUUAGAACCAGAACUUAUAACAGAGAUGAAAAUGCCAAUAGAUUAGGAGAUGUAACCGGAAGGUAUUCCUAUACAGACGACGUAGGAGAGAGACAUAAUGUCGAAUAUAUUGCUGGUAAAAACACAGGGUUCCAUGUUAAGACUCCCUUUCCUGAUUCAAAUCCAAAAGCUUAUGGUCCGCUAUAUUUUAGAGGAAGGGGAAGACCUAUACCAAGGGGAAGAACUUCAAUUCAAAGAGGACUCGAUGGAAGCUAUAAAUUUGUAUCAGCCGGUCCUGACCAAAGACGAACUGAAACCAGUGAUGCUACUGGUCAUGUACGAGGAUCCUAUACAUAUCUUGAUGACAAAGGGGUGCAGCAUUCAGUUCAUUAUAUCGCAGGACCAGAGACUGGAUACAGAGUUCUGAAAACCGUUAAAGGACCACAUUUACCCACUGUGUUUCCCUUUAAUCGUCCAGAUAUAAUUCCUCCAGAUUUCUACGACUACAACGACAAAGACGUUUUCGAUACUGCUGCUAGUGGUCACAUAAAACCUGGUAGACCCGGUAGUAGGCCUGGUGGUCGUCCUCCUAGUUCAAAAGAUUCUGGACAAGCAGAGCAAGACAAUGGAGGCAAAGACGGAGACAGCGAUUUUGGACAGCCAGGUUUUGCCGAUUCUGGUAAUGACUUUGAAUUUGGACGAAAAAAACCUUCAGGUAAUAAACCUUCUACUGCAGGAGGUGGGAAGCCAUCGAAAUCUCCUUAUGAUGAGGAUGGCUCAGAUGGUUAUGAUACUGAUGAUGACUUUGGUGAUCUCUUCGGUGAUGGUGGAGGAAAAAAACAGGGGCCAGGAAAGGGAGGUUCUAGCAAAUCAAAACCUACUUCUACAACAAAUAAACCUUUUCUACCUUCCGAUGGAUCUUUUGGUAACGGAAUAUCAAAAGAAGAUAGUAGUGGUUCAAAGGAAGAUGGAGGUUCAAAACCUAGUAAUGAAUACAUACCUCCUAACAAUGGUAAAUCUGGUGAAGGUUCUGAUGAAAAUUAUGGUUCCAAAGGAGAUAGUUUUGGAAAACCAAGUAGUAGACCUUCCUCUACAAGACCCUCAGGUUCAUUCAGACCAUCGAGCAGACCUCAAAGCACAUUUUCAACAGAAGGUGACGAUUUCGGCUUAUUUGGUAGUGAGACCAAUCGACCAAAACCACCACCAUAUCAAGGCGAUACCGGAUCCACAGGCCCAGUUAUCACCAUAGGAGCACCAAACAAAAACUGCCCAAGAUGUCAAGGUGCUGUCUUGACCAACGUUGGAGACACCUACCUCUCAGUACCUCCGGGAGUAUCGGUACGAGCUCACGUACAAGCAAUAGAUUUGCUUCCUUACAGUUCUAGGUUUCCCGGCCCAAGUGAACAAUACAAGUCUGAGUUACCGCUCAACACUGAACAACUCAAUUCAGAAAAUGACAAAAUUGUAGGCGAAGUAGAUAUAACUACUGAAAGUGACAGUGAAGAAUUCACUACUGAAGAGACUACAACAGAUGUUGAUGUUACAACAAAUCUGCCCAAUACGGAUGCACCUACUACUUAGAUUUGAAAUAAUUUAGAUCAGGUAAAUGUUAUCAAAAUGUGCAAAACAUGGUUUUAAAAGUCAUAGAAAAAAACAUAAAACACUUGUAAAAUAAUUUACCAUACCACGCAUUUGAUAAGAAUACAAAAAACUGAAAUUUUUUUAACUAAUUUACAUUGAGUUGGUAUACAUAGUUUCUUAUUUAUAGUAAGUGUCUUACCUUUUGUCUCUAUUAUAUUCCUCCACAUAUUUUCGUCCAUUUUCUAUUUUUUCAUUUCCGCUGGCAGUAUUUUCAGUACAAGGUAGGGCAUAAAACUAUUGGGAGAUAGGGCCAGGUUGUUUGGGCCAAAAUAAUGAAUAAAAGUCGACAGAUUUUUUGUCUUUUUUGCUUAUAAUUUAGCUGUUUAUUUAUAAAUUGUUAUCAAAAUCUGGCUAGAAACAUAUCUUUUGACAAUGAAUAUAAUUUUGAAAGUGAAGAUGAUUCAGAUUUGAUUCCAGGACAGGGUCUCUACAAUGUGCUUAUACAUAUUUCGUAGAAUCCUCGGAGCACCUGUGUAUAGUCUAGUCACAACAUAGGGGGUCCCGUGGACACUUUUAGUUCGCCGCGAUUUGAUGGUGGUAUUAUAGGUUUUUUGGGUCGCUGAAUCCAAUGGAAGUGGUCUAUAAGCCCAAAUGUGGUGCGUUUAAUUGUUAUUAACAAAUUAUGAUAAAAUUAGGUGUUUUUCAGGAAUUAUUAGAAGCCCUGUAAAUAAAUUAAUAGUGUUAAGGUCUUCUCUGGUGUAUUUUUGGUCGAUGAAUCGAAUGCGACUAGUCGCGAUUACUCAAAAUGGGUUUUUAUUUUGUUAAUAACAAAAUAAUUGUUUAUUCGCCGAAAAGCUCGAAAUGCGCUAUCUACAGCAAGUUUGUAGUCUUUUUCAUAGUAUUUUUAUACGCUAAAUCGAUUGCGGCUAGUCGUGAUAGCUUAAACCACGUUCCAAUAUUGUUAUUAAUAAAUUAUUGCAAAAAUAACGGUUUAUAGUACGUUCACUCACGGUUUUUGCUCUAAAUUUUAAAAAACCACUUAGAUUGACAUGAAAUUCGGCAUACACGUAGCUAACAUGUCAAACAAAACAAGUGAUGUUGUGCCGAUUUUACUCUGGGGGUGAGUUUCACCCCUUUUCGGGGGUGAAAAAAGAAACCUUUAAAAUGAGUCCGGAAGUGAAUAAAAUGAUUAAUUCUAAGCAACUUUUGUUCCAUACAGUUUUUUCACUAAGUCAAUACUUUUCGAUUUAUUUGGUUUUUUUGUUGAAAAAUGAACAUAUUCACUCGCAAAUAACUCAAAAAGUAUUGACUUAGUGAUAAAAAGUGUAUAGAACGAACGUUGCUUAGAAUUAAUCAGUUUAUCCAAUUCCGGACUUAGAACAUAUUUUCAGUAACCGUUACUAGUCGCAUUCGAUUCAUCGACAAAAAAUACACCAGACAAGACCUUAACACUAUCAAUUUAUUUACAGGGCUUCUAAUAAUUUCUGAGAAACACUUAAUUUUACCAUAAUUUGUUAAUAACAGUUAAACGCACCACAUUUGGGCUUCAAGACCACUUCCAUUGGAUUCAGCGACCCAAAAAACCUAUAAUACCACCAUAAAAUCGCGGCGAACUAAAAGUGUCCACGAGACCCCCUAUGUUGGGACUAGACUAGUAGAGGCACUCAUUUGACUUACGAAUAUUAUUGUGUUUGUUAUGUUACAUUUUGUUAGGAAAAGCCCCAUGUGGAUGAUUCUUGGUGACACUCCAUAUAAAAGGGUAAAAAUUUUGUUCGAGUAGUUUUGUGUAGUUUACUUGAGGUAGGUUGAUGUUAACUAGCAGGAGCAACAGGAACAAUUCAGUUCCUAGUCUAUGUCUUAAUAGUUAUGGCACACCACGUACACUUUCUUGUGGUAUCAUCUUACUUUUUAUCAUAAGGCAUAUAAAUAAUAUACAGUGCUAGUCAAAAGUCCGUACCCCCCUCGUAUCUUUUGACCGGUUAUACUUAUAAUAGUGAAAUUUGGAGGAAAGAAAUGAACGGGCGUAGGCUGCUUAACUAGUCAUGACAGGUGACGUAAAAGUGACAGAUGACUUUACAGCGCCACUGUGACAGAUAAUUUUAAAUGGUACCCUAUGGUAAGCGAUACCUCGUUUGACAGGUAUUAAAAAUACUCAUUCAGCUAUACUAAUUUUGUUUGAGUUUAAGCUCAUUUGGAUGAAUAAAUGAAAUAAUAUUAAAUUGUAGUUUCGGAUUUAAUUAAUAAAAAUUCAAACCUCCGCCUAUGGUUACUUGUCAAAAAGGUUGACGUUGACGUAAAAACUACUAGAGAGCUGAAAAAUCAUAGAGUUACAUAUUAGCAUAGAGAGAGUGUCAUUCAGAGCGAAGUGACGACACCAUCUUUUUUAUUUGGAUUAGUGUUGUUUCACUCUUACGCAUAGUAAAGCUGCUACAGUUGUCCUCCUCUUCCGUGCCUAUCUUCACACUGAAUGUCAUCAUAGAUUUUCGAUACAAUGUGUUAGAAAGAGAUGCAGCAAACCAGUCCAUGAGAUCUUGUCGUCAGGAAGCGCGGAAGAUAGGCUCCCUCUAUGUUAAUAUAUACCUCUAUGUGAAAAAUGUCAACUUUUUUGACAAAAUAACCAUGGGCGGACAUUUGAAUUUUUAAUAAUUUGAUGCCAAACUACAAAGUUAUAUUUAUUUCAUUUAUUCACCAAAAUCAAAAUCAACUUAAACCCAAAAAAAUUAGUACGACUGAAUAGAUAUUUUCAAUACCUUUCAAAUGAGGUGUCACUUGCCAUAAGGUCCCAUUUAAAAUUAUCUGUCACAGUGGCUCUGUAACGUCAUCUGUCACUAUUACGUCACCUGUCACAACUAGUUAAGAAGCGUACGCCCGUUUAUUUCCUCCCUCCAAAUUUCACUAUUAUAUGUAUAACCGUUCAAAAGAUACGAGGGGGGUACGGACUUUUGACUAGCACUGUAUAUGCAAACAAUAUUAUACGUAUAUAUCAGGGGUGGCCAAGCUUCUUAAUAGGCAGAGCCACUUUUCAUAAGUUAAAAUUUUUUGCGAGCCGCAAUUAAAAACGUAUUCAAAAAGUAUGUAAAGAAGGUAUGUACAAUGUUUUUUAACAGAACUUUUAUUUAUUGAAAACAGAAAUAAAAUUACGCAAUAUUAAAACUUAAUUACAUUUUUGUUUUCCUUAUUCUUCUUCUCGUUGUCCUUAUGCCCAAUAAGAGAGUCGAACUUUGCUAUCACCUAUCACCUAUCCUCCUUUUACCCAUUUCUUCCACGCCUCCCGGCCUUCUUCCCAUUUCCUUCACCUGUUGUGUUGUUUUCCGUCUCUUUGUUCCGAUUUCCUGGAUUUGUUCCCUUUCUACGUCUGCUCCUUCUUCUUUUCCCCUGUCUCUUGGCAUCUGUCACCUUCUUUACUAGUCUGUUCUCGUUCAUGCCAGUUAUAUGUCCAAACCAAUUCAGGUUUUUUUCGAUGUUUUUUCUCUGUUGGUCUCUGUCUUGUUUCUAAUGUUUUCGUUCCUUUCCCUGUCCAACAUUUGUUUUCCUUCUUUUGGUAAUUCUUUAAAAUUUGGUGAAUAAUUUGUAACUUCUCAGUAAUUCUUUCAGAUGCUGGUUAGUUAAUAAUGAUAUGUGUUAGGAUUUCACGAAUUUUAAAAUGGAAUUAAAUGUGCCAUACAAGUACGUUGUUUCUAAUAUGGAAAUAAUUCGACCAGCAUCCUUUUUAAAUUUAGAGUAUGUACUUCGAUUUUGGUACAAAUUUCCCAAAUUCGGUAAUCGGCGUCAACUUAUAGUUUUAUUUUCGAGCUUGAUCUUCUUGCGGCUCUAUUAAUUUUAAUUCACCAGAUGUUAUUUGGGUCAUAUAUUGGUAAUACAUACAAAAAUUCACCUUAUCGACUAUGUAUAUUUCAAAUGAAUUGAGAAAAAAAUGAAGAGACGAUUUAAAAUAUUUUAAGUCUUGAAAUAAAUAUUGGACUUCGGUCAAUAUUCCUUCUGGCUUUUUUAUUUACUCGUUAAGUUUUUCUAGUUUAAUAUUGUAACAAAUUUUUUAAGUCGAGUAAAAUGACUAAAUAUGUAUACAAAUAGGUCUGGAGUGGGUUGAUUACUGACUUUUAUGUCGCGCCUCUCUUAAUAUUCUUUCGCGCAGUUUUCGAUUUGUUAUAUCACUGUUAGCUUGGAUGGAAAUGGAAUUUGUUACAAAGUUCAAUUUGGUCUUUCAUAUUUUUGUUGUCAGUAAUUUAAAAGACAUUCUGAAACACAUAUGGAACGAUAAUAAUUUUUUUCAAUAAUUACACAAAAUUGAAAAGAUCUCGGGUACAUUUAUCGAGAGCCACAAGCAAUUCUUCAAAGAGCCGCAUGUGUCUCGCGAGCCGCAGUUUGGCCACCCCUGGUAUAUAUACAUUAUUUACUUCAAGUACUUUAUUUCGGUCUCAGGGUCCCAAACCUUGUUCAGCAGACAACCGAAGCAUAUUCAUGAAUACUGGAAAUAUAUUGUGUGAAAUAACGAUUUGCGCACCUAUUUGGUUUGAUAUCUAAUUAUUUACAAAAUAUGAAAUAACUUAAAUAUAGUAUUUUUACUACAAAAACGUUAUUACGUAGGUCAAAAUUUUUGACGUAAGAGAACUGUCAAAACAUUAGAAUGUGACUU